AUGACGCGUGGUGUUCUAAUUGCCAUUGAAGGGCUGGAUCGUACUGGUAAGACUACGCAAACGUCACGUCUACUAGAAAGACUUGACAAGAGCGGCGUGGAUGCAACGCUGAUCAAAUUUCCCGAACGGACGACCCCAAUUGGGAGAAUAAUCAAUACAUAUCUCACAGAUAAAGCGUUUGAGCUCAGCGACCAGUCUGCGCAUCUCUUGUUUAGCGCAAAUAGGUGGGAGCUCGCCGAGAAAAUCAGAAAUCUGCUGGAAGACGGAAAAACAGUGGUUUUGGAUAGAUACGUCUACUCGGGAGUGGCAUAUUCUUCAGCGAAAGGACUGCCGUUCGAUUGGUGUUUAAGUCCAGACUUAGGGCUUCCGAAACCAGAUAUCGUGCUUUUUAUGAAAUUCAAGCAUGAAGACAACGUCACUAGAGAAGGUUUCGGGGAGGAACGUUACGAAGUUGCAGAGUUUCAGCAAAGAGUGAAGACCCAGUUUGAGAAAUUCCAGAACGAGGAUAAUUGGAAGACGAUUUACGUGGACAACAAAAGCAUAGAAGAAGUGGGGGAGCUUAUAUGGGCCGAAUACGAGGUGGUAGCCAGAAGAGAGCGCGAAGCAUUGCAAAAGUUCACUAAGCUCGAAUAA